CCCGCCCCUCCCCCAUGGCGAUGCCUUUCAGGCUUCAGGUCCCUGCUCUUCACCCGUGUCUUCGCGUCCCUCCGCUCCCCUGAAGAGCCCUUGUGACUCCUGUUGACCUAACAUAGUGAAUGCAGUUAGCCCCGGAGGCUAGUCCAGCCUGCCAACAGGGUCAUUCCCGCCGCCCAGGGUCGCCGGGACCGCGUGCCCACCAGCUGCCUCCUUCAACCAGGCACUUCGUUAUCUCACAUUAUCACAAGAAGGAGGAUUUUCAGCUACUGAUGUUACAAACAAUAAAAUAUUGGAGCAUAGAGUUGAAGAAAAGACUUAAACCAGAUUUUUCUUCAGUCAGUUAAAAAUAUGGAUCCUGAAUCAGAGGGACCACAGAUUAUCAAAGUGACACCUCUUCAACAAAUGCUUGCUUCCUGCAGUGGAGCUAUACUGACAUCACUAAUGGUGACACCCCUUGACGUUGUUAAAAUUCGACUCCAAGCCCAAAACAACCCUUUCUCCAAAGGAAAAUGUUUUGUGUAUAGUAACGGACUUAUGGAUCAUCUGUGUUUCUGUGAAGAGGAAGGCAACAAAGCGUGGUAUAAGAAACCAGGACGUUUCCAGGGUACAUUGGAUGCCUUUUUGAAAAUUGUUCGAAAUGAGGGCAUUAAAUCCCUGUGGAGUGGCCUUCCCCCUACCUUAGUUAUGGCAGUUCCUGCCACAGUUAUUUAUUUUACCUGCUAUGAUCAAUUAUCUGCUCUUCUGAGAUCAAAAUUAGGAGAAAAUGAAAGUCAUAUACCAAUUAUUGCUGGAAUUGUUGCCAGAUUUGGUGCAGUAACUGUGAUAAGUCCAUUAGAAUUGAUUAGAACCAAGAUGCAAUCUAAGAAGUUUUCUUACAAAGAAUUGCAUCAAUUUGUCAGCAAGAAGGUGUCUGAAGAUGGUUGGAUUUCCCUUUGGAGGGGCUGGGCUCCUACUGUUCUUAGAGAUGUACCAUUCUCAGCAAUGUACUGGUAUAACUAUGAAGUUUUAAAGAAGUGGUUCUGUGCAAAAUCUGGUUUAUAUGAACCAACAUUUAUGAUCAACUUUACUUCAGGGGCAUUGUCUGGCUCUUUUGCAGCUGUUGCAACUUUGCCAUUUGAUGUAGUAAAAACACAAAAGCAGACUCAACUUUGGAUAUAUGAAAAUCAUAAAAUUUCUAUACCUUUGCCUAUGUCAACCUGGACUAUCAUGAAGAAUAUUGUUGCUAAGAAUGGAUUUGCAGGAUUAUUUACAGGCCUCAUUCCCCGUUUAAUUAAAAUUGCUCCUGCUUGUGCCAUUAUGAUCAGUACCUAUGAAUUUGGGAAGGCUUUUUUCCAGAAGCAAAAUACUCGAAGACAGCAAUACUAGUGAUGCUGUUUCAACUGGAAAUAACAAAGUCAAGUAAUAAGAUGGAGACUCUUAGGCAAGAACUCUUUCACCAUUAUCUCAAAAUGAUUUUAUGUAUUUCUUAUAAUUUAAACGAGCAGUAAUUUCUACUUUGCCUCUGAAUCAUAACCCUAAUUUUAAAAUAAAUUUUGUUAUGCUGA